AUGAGCUUGUCCUUCCUCUUCCUCCUCUUCCUCAGCCACCUGAUCUUCAGCGCUUGGGCUCACGGGGAGAAGCAUCUUGCCUCCAAAGGGCAAUCCGGACCCGCUACCACAGAUAGGAACCCGGGAGACUCCGGCAGCCGCCAGAGCAGUAGUGGCACGACGUCUUCCAGGUCUUUUUCUGUCUCCUCCUCCUCCUCCCCCGCGGCUUCUCUGGGCAACCAAGGAAGCGGCUUGGAGCAGAGCAGUUUCCAGUGGAGCCCCUCGGGGCGCCGGACUGGCAGCCUCUACUGCAGAGUGGGCAUCGGUUUUCAUCUGCAGAUCUACCCGGAUGGCAAAGUCAAUGGCUCCCACGAAGCCAAUAUGUUAAGUAUUUUGGAAAUAUUUGCUGUGUCUCAGGGGAUUGUAGGAAUACGAGGAGUUUUCAGCAACAAAUUUUUAGCGAUGUCAAAAAAAGGAAAACUCCAUGCAAGUGCCAAAUUUACAGAUGACUGCAAGUUCAGGGAGCGAUUUCAAGAAAACAGCUAUAACACCUAUGCUUCAGCGACCCACAGAACUGAAAGGACAGGGAGGGAGUGGUACGUGGCCCUGAAUAAACGAGGGAAAGCUAAACGUGGCUGCAGCCCUCGGGUCAAACCUCAGCACGUCUCCACCCACUUUCUGCCAAGAUUCAAGCAGUCUGAGCAGCCGGAACUUUCUUUCACCGUUACUGUUCCUGAAAAGAAAAAGCCACCUACCCAUGUCAAGCCAAAGGUUCCCCUAUCUACACCUCGCAAAAGUCCCAAUACAGUGAAAUACAGACUCAAGUUUCGCUUCGGAUAACUCUGAUCUGGGCCUCUCAAGAGAGCGUUCUUUUCCCUCAGGAGUUUCUACAGGUGUCUUCAGAGCUCUGGAGCAAAAUCUUCGGACACAGCUUUGGC